CUCCGGCUUUUGAGUACCUACCUACCGUACCAAACGUUAUUAUAUAUGAAUCCCGCCUUGUCGCUGACUUUGAUGUCCAAGCUGUUUAAUUGAUUGCACUUCCUUACAAUCCUAGCAAAGCAUAGCUACAGAUUCUAGCCUGAACUCAUAUAGUGCCGUUAUUUUCAGGGUAGAUCAGCCAUUUUGCCAACCAACCUUACCUACCAGCUACCUACCCACCUUACCUACCUUACCUAUGUACCUACUUUCUUAGCUUUGGUAGAAAAAGCUUCAGAUCGGCCUUUUCGAUAGCUGCACUCUUUGGAUAUAGAGUCUUGUGUCGGGUCGUCACGGUACUGAUUUGGAAGCGCCCGAAUCUUUGUUCAACAAACUUGGACAAAACAGAGACGAGGUAAACGCUCGCAACCCCGUCUCUUCCGGCCGCAGCCUGCGCCACCUUUACAAUGUGCUUCAUCUUCACCUGCGGUGAGCACACCUUUCGUAAGGAAGUCGAAGGAUACGAAGGAAUCACCUGUCAAUGCCACAACUGCGGCAACUAUGCUGCCAAUGUCCAAAAGACGAAUCCUUGGUUCACCUUCUGCUUUAUUCCCGUCAUACCUCUUUCCAUCAAAGGCUACACAGACAUCACCUGCCGCAUUUGUAACUUUGCACAACCACUUGAGCACCGACCCGACGUACAACAGAUGAAAGGAGGAGGAGGAGGAGGAGGAGGCGGCGGCGGCGGCGGAUAUCCCAUGCAACCACAGCAGGGACCACCGCCCGGCUGGGGUGGCCAACCCCCCGGGCAACAACCGAUGAGAUAUGGAUAA